AUGGGGUGGGUGGCUGGUCACCUUGGUGAGGACGUUGUCGUAGCUGAUGGGGUUGGUGACGUCGAAGCAGAUGAGGACCACGCUGGCUUCCGAGUAGGACAGCGGGCGAAGCCUGUCGUAGUCUUCCUGUCCUGCCGGGCAGAGGAGAAGACCAUCACGCACCAGUUCCUUACUGGGCUGGGUCCUCCCCCAGCCUGGGACCGCGUCUGCCUCUCCAACCUUGGGGCGCAGUGUGGCUCUGGGGACACCGAGGCAGCAGGGCAGCAGGGUGACCACCUCGGGGGACACCGAGGCAGCAGGGUGACCACCGACAUGGCCGUAGACAUCGUCGCGCUGCUCGUCUGCCUCUGCGGGCUGGCGGGGAACGGGGCCGUCCUCUGGCUCCUCGGCUUCCGCAUCCGCAGGAACCCCAUCACCGUCUACAUCCUCAACCUGGCCGUCGCCGACUUCACCUUCCUCCUCUUCAUGGCCGCCUCGUCCCUCCUCUACAUGAUGGAGAACGUCUGCUCCGCUCUUGCGUCCCUGACGUACGCCAGGUCGCUUUUCCUGCUCUCACUGUUCUCCUACAACAUGGGCCUGUACCUCCUGACGGCCAUCAGCAUCGAGAGGUGCGUGUCCGUCCUCUGCUCCAGCAUCCACCGCCCCCGGCACUUGUCGGCCGUGGUGUGUGCCCUGCUCUGGGCCCUCUCCGUCGCUGUCAUUGCCGCGGUGACUUCGCUGUGCCUGUCACACGAGCAUUGGCACUGCCAGGUGGCUCUCAUCUCCAUGUACGUCCUCAACUUCAUCGUCUUCGCGCCACCCAUGGUCAUCUCCAACGUGAUCCUAGUCAUUAAGGUCCUGUGCGGCUCCCAGCGCCGUCAACCGGGGAGGCUGUACAUUGUGAUCUUCCUCACCGUCCUCUUCUUUCUCAUCUUCGGGGUUCCCCUCAGCGUCUGGAAUUUCCUGCAGCAGUUCGGCUACAUGCUCAUGUCCUCCCAGGUCGUUUUCCUGCUCGCCUGCAUCAACAGCAGCAUCAACCCCUUCGUCUACUUCUUGGUGGGGAGCUGCCGGAGGCAAUGCUCCUUGGUGUCCUUCCAGGUCGCCUUCUGGAGGGUCUUCGAAGAGACAGGAGUCAUGACCUCCAGCUAA